GGAAGCAGUGUUUGUAUCCCUUUUGUAUUGAAUCGCUUGCGUUAUAAUUAUCAUUGUUUUUCAUAUUUCUCCUUGUUAUUGUGCCUAAAUUGUUUUAUUCAACAAAUAAUCCUGGUUAAUAUGGCAUCUGCUGAACUCUACACUAAGGGAGCAUGUGUGUGGGUGCCAGAUUCUGAAGAGGUGUGGGUGUGUGCUCAGCUUGAACGUGACUACCAACCCGGAGAUCAGCACCUCACACUAAAGCUCAGCGAUGGCACACAGGUGAAAUACUCUGUUGUGAACCUUGCAAGUCUGCCGCCUCUGGGAAACCCGGAAAUACUGGAGGGUGAAAAUGACCUGACAGCACUCACAUUCCUGCACGAGCCGGCUGUGCUGCACAACCUGCGUGUGCGCUUCCUCCACUACAACAGUAUCUACACCUACUGUGGAAUUGUCUUGGUGGCCCUGAACCCAUAUGAACAGCUGCCCAUCUAUGGAGAAGAGGUGAUUGAUGCAUACAGUGGGCAAGACAUGGCUGAUAUGGAUCCUCAUAUUUUCUCCAUAGCAGAGGAUGCCUAUCGCACUAUGAUCAGGGAAGAGAAAAACCAGUCCAUUAUCAUUAGUGGUGAGUCCGGAUCUGGGAAAACAGUGUCUGCAAAGUUCACCAUGCGCUACUUUGCUGUGGUUGGAGGAGCAGCUCAGCAGACCAGUGUGGAGGAGAAAGUCUUGGCGUCCAAUCCCAUCAUGGAGGCCAUUGGGAAUGCUAAAACUACUCGCAACGAUAACAGCAGCAGGUUUGGGAAGUACAUUGAAAUUGGUUUUGGAUCUAAAGGAGAUAUAAUUGGAGCAAACAUGAGGACUUACCUCUUGGAGAAAUCUAGAGUUGUUUUUCAGACCACAGAGGAAAGGAAUUAUCACAUUUUCUACCAGCUUUGUGCCUCCAGAGAUCUACCAGAGCUGAGGCCACUCAAACUUAAGGCUGCAGACCAUUUUCGAUACACUAACCAAGGACAAGAUAACAAAAUUUCCGGCACAGAUGAUGCUAUAGAGCUGGAGCACACUCGAAAUGCUUUGACUAUUCUUGGAGUCCCACCUGACCAGCAGAUGGAGGUCUUUCGGAUUUUGGCAGCUCUCCUCCAUCUUGGGAAUGUUAACAUCCAUGCCAGUGGCAGAGGAGGCGAACGUAGCUACAUCAAUACGGAUGACCAAUCUCUGGUGCUCUUCUCCAAACUAAUGGGGGUGGAAGGCCCUCAGAUGGCCCACUGGUUGUGUCAUCAGCGUCUAGCUGUAGGUGGGGAGCUACUGGUAAAGCCUAUGUCAGCCCAAAAAGCCAAAGAGGCACGCGAUGCUCUGGCUAAACAUGUGUAUGGGCAGAUGUUCAUCUGGACUGUACAAAGACUGAAUUCAGCUCUAAGGGCACACAGAGAGCAGCCCAAGACUGUUAUAGGAGUGUUAGACAUCUAUGGGUUUGAGACCUUUGACAGAAACAGUUUUGAACAAUUCUGCAUUAACUAUGCCAAUGAGAAACUUCAGCAACAGUUUAACCGGCACGUGUUCCAGCUGGAGCAGGAGGAGUAUGAGCGAGAGGAGCUACCCUGGAACCGUAUCGGGUUCAGUGAUAAUCAGCCCUGCAUCACCCUCAUAGAGGGCUCUCUGGGUCUCCUGAACCUGCUCGAUGAGGAAUGCAGGAUGCCCAAAGGCUCAGAUGAAAACUGGGCACAAAAACUCUACGACCACCACCUGAACCGAAGCCCCUACUUCCAUAAGCCACGCAUGUCCAAUGCUGCAUUUAUUGUGCUCCAUUUCGCUGACAUGGUCCAGUAUGAAUGCGAAGGAUUUUUAGAUAAGAAUCGUGACACAAUAUUUGAAGAGCCCAUUAAUAUAAUGCGAGCCAGUCAGUCAGAGCUGGUUGCUGAGUUGUUCCAGCAGGGGUCAGCUGGGGGUCCUCUCUCUGCCUCAUCUGUGCCUGCGAAUGUGCGUUCAGGAAAAAGAGCUCCCCGUGAGCACAAGCUGACAGUGGGCUUCCAGUUCCGCCAGUCUCUGCAGCUCCUGAUGGACACCUUGCACAGCACCACCCCACACUAUGUCCGCUGCAUCAAACCCAACGACCUCAAACAGGCUUUUCUGUUCGAGCCUAAAAGGGCAGUACAACAACUACGAGCAUGUGGUGUGCUGGAGACAAUUCGCAUCAGUGCUGCAGGCUACCCAUCCAGGUGGACAUAUGAGGACUUCUUCAUUCGCUAUAGAGCUCUCCUUCAUGAUUUGUCUGUUCAGGAAGAUUUUCGGGCAACCUGUCGAAAAAAAAUCCCUGCCCUCAUUCCUGACCCUGAGCAGUAUUGUUUUGGCAAGACAAAAAUAUUCUUUCGGGCUGGUCAGGUGGCCUUGCUAGAGAAGCUGAGGGCUGAGAAGCUACGGGCAGCCGGGGUAAAGAUCCAGAGCUGGGUGAGAGGUUGGAUUCAGCGCAGACGCUACCUGCAGCUACGCUGGGCCACUUUGACUCUACAGAGAUACGCCAGGGGAGCAUUUGCCCGCAGAUUGGCUUGGACACUGAAGUACACAAGGGCUGCACUGGUCAUUCAGAAGACAUACCGUAUGGUAAAAGUAAGGCAGCUCUUCCUUACUACCAGAAAGGCCACAAUAACUAUCCAGGCCUUCACCAGGGGCAUGCAGGCUCGCCAUGCAUACAGAAUGGUGCUGAUGGAGAGGGCAGCAGUGUGUCUGCAGGCCUGGGUUCGCUGUUGGCUUGCUAGACGUUGGUUCAGGCGUGUAAGGGCUGCAGUGGUGCUAAUGCAGUGUUGUGUGCGCAGACAGGCUGCACGUAAGGAGUUGCGGAAGCUGCGAGCAGAGGCUCGCUCUGUGGAGAGGUACAGAGAGCUCAACAAGGGCAUGGAGGUCAAACUCAUACAACUUCAGCUGCGUGCUGACCAGGAGGCCAGAGAAAGUACAGCUCUUCGUGAAUCUCUCCAUGUUGAACGUCAAUCACACAAGACGGAGGUGGAGCAGCUGCGCUCAACUCUUCUCAAACUGCAGCAGCAGCUCCAGGAGCAGAGCCAAGCUGUUCCUUCUUUUACUGCAAAACAGGAGGAAGAGAGGAGAAGAGCUGAUGAGAGAGCUGCUCAAGAGAUAAACCAGCUCACACAGGAGAUGGAAGCUUUGAAGGUGGAGAGAGACUCUUUGGAAAAGGAAAGAGAUGAUCUGGCUAUUUGUUUAUGGGAGCAGGAGAAAAGGGAAGAAGAAAGCAGGCAGCAGUUGGUGUUGCAGGCUGGAGCAGCAGAACAGGCCGAGCUGGAGGAGGAGAGAAGGAGAUAUCAGAGCUUACUGAGGGAGUUCACACGUUUAGAGCAGAGAUAUGACAACCUGCGGGACAUGAGCAUGCUCUCCACUGCUGAGCACUGGCCUGGACACAGAAGAACUGAUUCCACUGUUUCUUUGGACCCUACUUCUCCCAUAUCUCCACCCUUUGGAAGUUUUCCUGACUUUUCCUCUUCUGAGGAGAGCAGGAGGAUCAGUGUCACCUCACCCUUUGACAAGAGGCCCGGCAGCACAGAGGCACCUUUGAACGCAUUAUUGGAGGAUCUGGGUGUGUCAAAGGAUACAGGAGGAAAGCUGCAAGGGGAGGACCUUCACCAUGCUUACGAUGCUGUCAGGGUCGCCAACAAGUUCCUGGAGAGGCAGCUCCUGGCCCAGAGAGCUGAGUGGGAGAAGGAGAAAAUCGUUCUCACUCGACAGCUCCAGGAAGCCCACGCCAGAGAUGCUCCAGUUAGCAAAGAGCCAAAGGAUCUAAUGGAGCAGCUGGAGGUUCAGCAACGAGAGUGCUGCAGGCUUAGAAGGGAACUAAAGGAGCUUAAACACACCGUAACACUCAGGAGAAUUCUGUCUGUUGCAGGUUUGACAGAUACCAUUAAACACAUCCACACACAAGAUACACAGCUUUUAUGUUACAGCGUCCCUUGGUUCUCCUCAGGUCCAGCCAUGCCUGUGUUUCAGAAUACAGCGAAUGCACAACAACACUCGAGCACUGCAUUGACCGGACUACUGGAGUGUAGGAAAAGAGAUGAGAGCAGAUUGAUAAAAAACCUUAUUACAGAUAUACGAGUGGAUGUGGCUCUUUCUCUGGCACCGGGACUUGCAGCGCAGCUCAUCUUCCUGUGCGUGAGACAAGCGGACUACAGCAGGGAUGAGACUCGAGCUCGAGGCCUCUGUACCGCUGCACUGAUUGCCAUCAAAGCAGCCCUAAAAAAGCACAGUGGUGAUUUGGACAUGACGGCUUUGUGGCUGAAGAAUGCUUACCUGCUCAAAGACCUGCUCACCCAGCAUUCACCCACACAGGGAGAGGCAGGGAGAGGUGAGGAUGUGUUCCCACUACAGGUGGAGCUGAAGGAGCAGGUACGAAUGCUGGGUGAUGUGUGUAUUCAGGCCUACCAGCAGCUCCUUUCCAUCUCUGAGAGCCGCCUGCAGCCCAUCAUUGUUCCAGCCGUGCUGGAGAGUGAGACCAUCCCAGGCCAGGCUGGAGCCGUGGUAAAGCUGGUCACCUCUCGUAAGCGUGCGGGUUCAGAUCCUCGGCCUUCAGCCUCUCCGGAUGUGACCAGCCUGGCGACUGUGCUGAGGGAGCUGGGAGCUCUGCACACUGCACUGGUGCGACAGGAGCUUCCCUCCGCCCUGCUGGAACAGGCCUUCCGCCAGCUCACACACCUGCUCGCUGCCUGCACACUCAACAGCCUGCUACUGCGCAGAGACAUGUGCUGCUGGAACCGUGGCCUUUUGAUCCGCUAUAAUGUAAGUUUGCUGGAGGAGUGGCUGAGGAGUCGUGGGCUGCAGACAGGGGGCGCUGCAGCAACACUGGAGCCCCUCAUUCAGGCAUCACAGCUCCUCCAAAUGAGCAAGAAAUCAGAGGCUGACGGAAAGGCCAUAGUUCAAACCUGCAAUGCCCUGUCCAGCCAGCAGGUGGUGAAGAUUUUAUCACAGUACACUCCACAGAGUGAUGCUGAAGAGAGAGUCACACUCAAUUUCAUUCGCAUUGUUCAGGGGCUACUGAAGAAUCGUGCAGAUGGAAACCCCACACCACUGCUGAUGGACAUCCGGAGGGUUUUCCCUGUCACCUUCCCAUACACACCACCUUCAUCAGUCAGCGCUGAGCAGUUGCACAUCCCUGAGGCACUCAAGAUCAAUUUCCUGCGCAGAGUCUGAGGCUGUAUGCGAACCAGCAGCACAGCAAGUCCACUUCAAUAAAAACUCUAAACCAACCUGACUUGCAUAUGUGUGUCAGUCAGUGUUUACAUUUCGGAAAUAGUUUUAAUAAUUGAUCAUUUCUAAUGGAUUUAUUUUGUUGUAUAUACAUGCUGAUUCAA